ACGACUUUUGGUUCGAGUUAUCGGGAGGUUCGGAAAAAAUGAGGGUUUGAGAAAUCGGGAUUCCACUGUAAUUUGACUUAUUUAGUAAAUUUUGCUCCGAGUGCUCUAUUUACAUUUCAGUCAAAUCGUCCGAUAUUUGUGGUUGUAGUGGUAUCACGAACAUUUUCGCAGCCUUCUUGGUCAAGGUCGGUCAAAAUAAUACUUUAAAAGUAGGUCUACCCACACAUACUCGAGAUGCGCCAGGGUGAAGAUAUCAAGGGAAUUAUCAAAGGUGAAUCAAUUAAUCUGCAGGUUUUUUGGCAGCUUUUCCGACACACUGGGAACGAAUUCAAACAAAUCUGCCAUCUUUUUUAAUUUGACUUCAUAAACUUGUACGGUGCUUGCCGUAUUAAACUCAUCAUAACACUCCUUUAGAAGCUUCAUUACACUGUUGAGUAAGGGAAACAAUUUUACUAAAACUAGAACAUUCUUUUAAGUUCUGUUUUGAUUCGACUUUGUCUUUUAGUGCUCUUUGAUGUUAAAAUCAAAACAUACCCGCUGCACUAAAGAAAACAAACAAGCACCAAAGUUCAAGGACUUUAUUUUUUCCCGGAAAGUUAACAGGGAAUCGAAACCGAAACUUGUUCAUAACCACACCUGUUGUUUAAGUGUUAAAUAAACAGCGGGGGUGGAACUGAGGAAGCUGGCAUAAGUUAAGAUACACCCUAAGUAUAGUUUCUUGUCUUUUGUAUACGGACAAUACUUACGAGACAUAUUCUAAAGGGCCAAAGUAAUUGUGGCCCAAGAAGAUUAGCCUCGAAGAUGUCAGAGAUCUAUUAAUCGUGAAUGUAGUCAGACCUUCGAUAAUAUAUAAGAUCCGUACGAGACAAACUAAGUUUGCCACCCGGUUAGUUGAGGUCGACACCUGACACAGUGCUUGCGUAACUCGUCAUAACACUCCUUUAGAAGCUUCAGUACCGUUGAUUUGAAGACCGUAACAUUCCGCUGAUAAGCCUCCUUCGCUCGGUUUUUAAGCCCAUCUAUAUGUAAACAAAGAAACUACUUCUGUUAUAAGUCCCCCCGAAUAUAAACCUUCCCUCACGAAACCAGUGCAGUAGAGUGUGAGACAAUAUAUUUCUUACUAUUUAACAUUAAAGAAACUGUUCAGUUAUUAAGUGUACAACAGUUAUGAAAAGACGGCAUUUAUCCAAUGUCAUAGGGCUUAUUUUGCACUUCCGCUUUCUCGUCCUCAGUGUGGGGUGGGAUGCGGGUUGGGAGAAUGAGUAGGUCCAAUAUUUGCCGGCCCUUAUGAGCUCUAUUUGUUUCCCUACUUGUGACUUGUGUUUCUCAGUUUCCAAGAAACUAAAACGUGGUUUCAUCAGCUCAUUUUGAACCUUAAUUUUUAAACCACUUAAAACCCUGUCAGGAUAUGAGCUCCUUUCCCCCGCCCACCCGAACUUAGGGCUUAUCGCCGGAAUUUUACGACAUGUCUUUUGGUGCUUGUUUUUUUUUUUUUUUUUACCUCGAUGAUAAAUCAAAACAAACCUUCACGCACUAAGAAAGACAAAACAACCACUAAAUUUCAAGGAAUUUUCCAAAGUUAAAAGGAAAUCGAAACAUGUUCAAAGCUGAACCUAUUGUUAAUGUCAAGUGCUAAAAAAAAAAGAUGGGCAUCUGAGUUCUAAAAAAACGUAAUGUUGUCAUGGACAAAGUUUGACUACAGUCGACCUUCGAACACAAAAUCGGUAUACGAGAUAAAUGUUAACAAGUUUAAAAAGUAAUUCGCAAAUUUAUUUCAAAUAGAUAUCACUAAAGAAAAUGAUUCACCGUGGCCUUUUCAUAUGUGUUUAUACUUUAAAUACUAUCUCAGAAUGGAUUUCGUGUCACGGCGAGGUUUCAUUGUUUUGUACGGAUUAUGUUUGGAUGGGACUCCUUGCUGUUACUGCGUGAUACCUGAUUGAACCCCUGAUCGGGAAAAUCUGCCUACAGCGGAAGAAGAUAUGGGACAAGUAGAAAAAAAAAAAAACGUUUUGGAAGCUCUCCGCUAAACUGGAGGACUGCAGAAUACACUAAGAUGGACUCUUUGGAACGCGGUCGAUUUCUUUCGUAGCAACUGAUCUUUGGAAAAAUCUUUCAGUCCAUUAAUUUUAAAGAAAUAAUAGCCCUGAUUUGCGUAUUCAAAAACAGUUCAACGUUAUUUCCAUUUUAUUUGUUAAGGGAAAAUUUUCAACGUGUUCGUUUGCUUUCGAAAGUCCUCGAACUAAAUUUAACCGAUAUUGGCAACUUCCGAUACAGACAAAGUCAAAAGUUCCGCGCCUAUUUUAAAUUUUUUUAAAUCUAAAAAUGAUAACGCUAAGAGAUCGUCGAUGAUUAAUUGAAAAGCAGGCGGCAUCGUAUGCCAUUCCAGUUGACCCGGGCAAUCGGUUCUGGUUGUCUGUCUGUAAUGUCAGGCUGAACACUCCAAAGCUAAGCUCUAUGCUAUCUCUCCUUUAUUGAACCAUGGACCUUAUCGCGAAGAGGAGUUAACUAAGGAUCUGUGAAGGUGAAAACAAACACACCAAGGCAGAAACCCUGACGAUGAACGAGUUAGACGACUUGUGAUUGACGGCAGAAUGAGCAACAAUUCAACUUCAAUGACCCGAAUCCCCACCUCCUUCCCCGCGCCACAAGUCCUUCCCACUUUGCCACAUGGCGAGGUGGAAAUAAUAUUUGCAACCAUCGUGUACGUUCUACUGGCGUUGUUUGUAAUUCUCGGAAACAGCCUCGUCAUUGCAGCUUUUAGGCUUAAUUCACGGCUACGGACAAUCAACAACACGUUCCUGGUAGGUUUGGCCGUAUCGGACCUAUUGGUAGGGCUGAUAUCAAUCCCUCUUUGGAUAUACUUUUCGUAUUGUCAACAGUAUUUGACAUGCGUCGAUAGUCAAGGAUUACUGACGUUUUAUUCAACCGUGGACAUAUUCACCGGCUGCGCCUCCGUUUUGCAGCUUACAGCCAUCAGCAUCGAGCGAUAUUUGGCGAUAACGCGCCCGAUAAACCAUCGAUCGUAUUCCAUGUGGAUUUACUACGCCAUGAUCGCUGUGGCGUGGUCUUUCGCUUUCAUCAUGGCGGGGCUCUUUCCCGUGCAGCAGCAGAAGUGGCAGAAACCUUACAGCGUUAUUCUUUUCACCACGUGUUUUGCUCUCCCAGCGCUCGUCAUACUGACUAUUUAUGCGAUCAUUUUCCAGACGGCAAAAGGUACCUCGCGAGUGAGGGUCCAACCUGCAGGAACAUCAAUGAGCCCCAUGCAAAAAGAGGCCAAGAUCGCCGCCACCAUUGCGGUUAUCGCAGGCCUCUUUGUGAUCGCGUGGCUUCCGUUUUUCGUCCUCAAUAUGAUAGCAGAGUUUUGCUAUCCUUGCCUACCACCCUACCCUGACAUUUUGAGGCUGGUUCGCUUUGUAAAGUGGAUGCAUUAUUCCAACAGCAUGGUGAAUCCGUUGGUGUAUGCUUACCGCAAUGCUGAGAUGAGGAAGACUUUCAAGCGGCUACUGUUAUCUUGCUUUUGUGGCCAUCGGAACGGACAUCGAAAUUUUCCAGCAUCGUCCAGGACUGCACAUGCCAGGAGAAGAAGGAAUAUUGUCCAGGGGUCUUCAAGAAGCAACAGGGAUCUUGGCAGCGACAGUAAUACAUCGAGGCCAGGGAGGGCACUCGAGAGCAAAUCAAACGAAAGCCAAAGGGCUGGUGCAGGGUCUAGAGCCAAGACGAUUCCUUGAGAGAUGAUACACAAAAAAGCUUACAGCGCCAAACAUAAUUUGCGACAGCAGUCUGUUUAAACGGACUGAGUAAAUGACGUUAUUGAGCUGAGAAAAAGAAUACGUCUUGGACGAUCAAAUUAGUCAUUAGUUUCUAUAGAAACUGGCGGGCUGCGCCGGCAUUGACUUUGUUAUGUCAAAGCGUUAACACUCGAAUCAUCAGCUUCACAAACUCACAACGACGGUUAAUUUACCUUGAAAAACACCAAAUUGAUGAUAUAAAUGACAAAGCGUUAUGGAUGAUUCGUGAUUCAUACUUCAAGUUCGUCAGGGUGUCACGUGCAAUCGUCCUUCCAUAAGUUUUCCGCCUGGCGAUGACAACCCCGAAAGGGGGCGCAGAGGAACUUAAUGUACCAAGUUAUGUUUUUUUCUAUGUAUGAAAUUCUUUCAACUCAACGGAAAACUCUAAUUCAUGAUUUUUAUCAACGAAAAAUAGUGACGCGCGCACUUGAGAACCACGUGAAGGCAGAGGAAGCUUUCACUAGACAUCUUUUUACGACUUCACUUGCCUGUUGUCUAUAAUUAAAGCUCUCGUGAUCUUGGGUCACGGAGGUGCUGCUCAUCAACUGUUUAUUGCGGUACCAAAAUGAAAAACAGUCUUGUAAUGUAGAAUUGUGAAACAAUAAACAUCUUAACUCCAUUAAGUUCAAUUGACAGAAUUGACAAGUUAUGAAUUUAACGCAAAUGCAUCAAAAUGCUUUUGUAGUGACGUGUUAAACUUUUCGCUUUCUUGAAGAGAAUUGAUUUAACGAACACAUAUUGGACGUUUAUCGAACUCUGUGCUUUGAACUAGAUUUUAGGGCUUAUAGCAAAAGUUAGUUCGGGAGUUAUGCCGAUUUAGUGGUUGGUUGCGCUCAGAGAGAUAAAAACAAAAAUAUAAAAUAAAACUGCUUUAUUGUAAGGGAGAAACUAUUUCUUAGUAAUUAAAUAAACCUUCUCGUUUUUGGCACUCUA